AUGUCUCUCCGUCGCUCCCUCCUCCGCCCUCGUCUGCCUCCCGCAGGCCGAUCCUUUGCGCAAGCCUCACCCAUCAGAACCCAAUCCACUCAUGCGCCCUUCACAUACCGACUGGGCGCUUCGUCCAGCGGUAAGGGCAAUCCUGUAGCCCCUCCAAAUGAUAACAACAUGUUCCCACAAUCUCUGCUGGACCGCGACGACCCCUACUUUACAUCCAUGGACAAGUUUUCGGGAGAAGAUGCCUUUUUCAUGGCCAAGAUUGCUCGCAGUGACAGAUACGUCGUCUUUGGUCUGGCCGAUGGUGUAGGAGGUUGGAGAGACUCGGGCAUUGAUCCUGGAAGAUACUCACAUGGCUUGUGCAGGUACAUGGCUCAAAAGACGCAUCGUCCAGAGACUGAGCAUGACUUGAAACCUCGCAACCUGUUGCAGUACGGCUACGAAAGGGUUAUGAGCGAUAGAAGCAUUCAAGCCGGUGGUUGUACUGCCUGCAUUGGUGCCAUUGAGCCGUCUGGUGCUCUGGAAGUCGCAAAUCUCGGAGACUCGGGCUUCCUCAUUCUCGCUCCCGGCAAAGUUUCGUUCAUGUCGCCAGCUCAGACGCACGCCUUCAACACUCCUUAUCAGCUCAGCAAGCUCACUCCCCGCAUGCAAGCCCAGAACCGUAUCUUUGGCAACAGUGCCCAGAUAUCAGAAACUCCCGCCCAAUCAGACGUCACCAAUCACUCGCUACACCACGGCGAACUUGUCAUCUUCGCAACAGACGGUGUACUGGACAACCUCUCAGGCAUGGACAUCCUCAACAUCGUGCAGCCCAUAAUGGAGAAGCACGGAUACUGGGCUGCUGCAUCAAAAGAAGCCAUAGUCAAGGCUGAUAAACUACGAGAUCCCAAAGAAAAGGAGAAUCUCUCAAAACUACCUUCUGAACUAGCCUACUCGAUCAUGCGCAAUGCCAAAAUUGCAGGCCUUGACACACGGAGAGAUGGCCCCUUUGCAAAGGAGGUCCACAAAUACUUCCCCAAUGAGGAGUAUCACGGCGGCAAACCUGAUGAUAUUGCUGUCAUUGUUGCUCUAGCCAUUCAAGAUGGCACUCCCAAGGCAAAGCUUUAG